CUUUCAUGCGACGACGUGAACAUCGCAACAUUGCGCCUCUCAACAUUCCUAAUCACAAAAUCCAACAUGACAGACGUCAAGGACAUCACACCGGAUCUUGAUCGGCUGGAUAAUCAGCUCGAUGACCUCGAAGAAAAGCUACAGCCUUUGUUGGGCAACCUCGAAGGCAUGGCCUCCCAGUUGCCCCUAUUAGACAAGGCAAAACUGUUCUCACUCACAGCUUACGCGAUCGAAUCUCUAAUGUUUUCAUCACUGAAAUUAAAUGAAGGCAAUGAAGCUCAAACUCAAGCCGUUCUUACUGAACUCAAGCGAAUCCAGCAAUAUUUUGGAAAGAUCAAAAACAUCGAGUCUCCUCCGGAGCCUGAAACGCGUACUUUGACCAUUAACCAAGAGGCUACCGCGCGUAUCCUCAAGGCGGACCUGGGCGACAACAAAACAAUCAGCAAUAAGCUUGCCGAAAAGAUUGCAGAGGAACGAGCCAAGGCACUGCUCAAGUCUGUCGAGAACCGAAAAAGACCGACAGAGGAGUCGCCUGUCCCAUCUCAGCCCAGCUCUUCUGCCGAAGGAAAAGAUAAGAGCAAAAAGAAGCAGAAGAAGAACAAAAAGAACAAUUCAAAGAACUGAAUUGAAACUUAGCAGUAUGCCGAUGGGCCAAAGGGUUGGAAAACGCACAGAAGUUUCGCGCCGACUAUUGAUGGUCGAAUUCAGAGCGUGCAGAUUCAGGAGGAGGCUUACGAUGAUACCCAGAUUGUGUCAGGCAAAUAGAUGGCUGGGGACCUACACGGCCCCCUUGAAAAGUUGAAUUCGCUGGGCAUGGCGUUUGGGAAUUUGGGAUUGACUUUUUGAUUUGGGGAGAUAGUGAUGAGGCAACUACACCUAGACAUCAGACUCUUCUGAAACGCAGCUUGCUUCCGAAAUUUGCUUUCUUGCGGGAUACAAUGAACUUUGCAUCCAGAGGGGGCACGAAUAUGUGUUUCAAUUGGCAAAGGCUUGUAAAGUUAAGAUAAGGCAUCAAAAU